AUGCUGACCCGACGACUGGCUCGAGUGGUGGCAACUGCGCCGCGCUCGCUGCGAGCUUUCAGCGCCACGACUGCACCCAAGAAGACGCCAUCCAUGUCCGAUAUCACGCCCGACCAGGUCGGCUCUUUUAACGCGAAGCAGAAGGCUUUCCGUGAGCAUCUGGUCCAGGUGCAGAAGGAGCGAGAAGAGAGACAGAAAGCCGAAGCUCGUGAGAAGGCGGCCAAGAACGAGCCCGAACGGCCCGAGGGCCUGCUCACCAACCUCAUCUACGGCACCAAGGAGGGCCGCGAGCUGGACGCCCAGCUCGAGGCCUCCUUCUCGGCCGUCCUGGCACGCGGCAAGUACGUGCACUCGAUCGUCUUCCACGAGGUCCGCCCCGACAAGGUCGACGAGUACGUCGAGCUGGUCGGCUCGUGGUACCCGCGCAUGGCGUCCAUCGAGGAGAAUAAGGUCCAUCUCGUGGGCAGCUGGCGCACCGACGUCGGCGACUGCGACACCUUUGUCCACAUCUGGGAGUACCAGCGCUACCAGGGCUACCACCAGAGCCUGCACUCCAUCAGCCGCCACCCGGAUUUCCCCGCCUUCGACCGCAAGCUCAAGUCGCUGAUCAAGAGCAAGCACACGUCCAUCAUGCAGGAGUUCUCCUUCUGGCCUACCACACCCCCGCGCCAGCUCGGCGGCGUCUUCGAGCUGCGCUCCUACACCCUGCAUCCCGGCAACCUGCUUGAGUGGGAGACGCACUGGCGGCGCGGCCUGAAGGCCCGCAGGGAGGUCAUGGAGGGCGUCGGCGCCUGGUUCGUCCAGAUCGGCGACCUCAACACGGUCCACCACCUGUGGCAGUUUGCCAACCUCGAGGAGCGCAAGACACGGCGGGAGCAGAGCUGGAGAGUCGAGGGCUGGGCCGACACGGUCCACAAGACGGUACCCCUGAUCCAGACCAUGAAGUCGCGCAUUCUGACCCCGAUGCCCUGGUCACCCGUGGGCUAG